GACCGGGCGGGCCCUGCGGUAGAGGCAGUUUUGCUGGAGAGAUGGCGCUGCUGGGUCGUGCGCUCUUCGCUCGGGUGUCCCGCCUACCCCGCGACCCCGGUCCUCUGAGGUUUUUCAGUUAUGGAACAAAAACACUGUAUCAAAGCAUUGAUGCUCCCCAGUCUAAAUUCUUCCAGCCCCGUUUAAAGCCCAUGCUACCACCUAAUACUUUUCAAGGAAAAGUGGCUUUUAUUACCGGAGGAGGCACUGGCCUUGGCAAGGCAAUGACAACUUUUCUGUCCAGUCUGGGUGCCCAGUGUGUGAUAGCCAGCAGGAAUCUUGAUGUUUUGAAAGCUACUGCAGAAGAGAUUUCUUCUCAGACUGGGAAUAAGGUGCACACAAUCCGGUGUGAUGUACGGGAUCCUGAGAUGGUGCACAACACUGUGCUGGAGCUGAUCCAAGUGGCAGGGCUUCCUGAUGUAGUCAUAAACAAUGCAGCAGGGAACUUUGUUUCUCCCACUGAAAGACUGUCCCCUAAUGCUUGGAAGGCCAUAACUGACAUUGUUCUCAAUGGCACAGCCUAUGUGACUCUAGAAAUUGGGAAACAGCUCAUUAAAGCACAGAAAGGAGCCGCAUUUCUUGCUAUCACUACCAUCUAUGCCGAGAGCGGAUCAGGCUUCGUAGUGCCAAGUUCUUCAGCUAAAUCAGGCGUGGAAGCCAUGAAUAAGUCUCUUGCAGCUGAGUGGAGUAGAUAUGGGAUGCGAUUCAAUAUAAUUCAGCCGGGGCCUAUAAAAACCAAAGGCGCCUUUAGCCGUUUGGACCCAACUGGGAGAUUUGAGAAAGAAAUGAUCGAAAGAAUUCCCUGUGGUCGGCUGGGGACUGUGGAGGAACUUGCAAAUCUAGCCACUUUCCUGUGCAGUGAUUAUGCGUCUUGGAUUAAUGGGGCGGUCAUUAGAUUUGAUGGUGGAGAAGAAGUAUUCCUGUCAGGUGAAUUCAACUCUCUCAAGAAGGUCACCAAGGAGGAGUGGGACGUAAUUGAAGGGCUCGUCAGGAAGACAAAAGGCUCCUAAGAUGGUUUCAUCUCCGCCUGGGACAAGAGGGACAUGAAGAUGAGGCAGACGGACCAUUUGUUUUUAGGGUUCAUAAAUGUUUGCUUAAAUGAUUUCUGUAGUUCCAGGGAUCAAACUCAGGGUGUCUGGUACGCUAGAGUGCUACCUCUGAGCUGCACCUGAGCCCUCAUAAAUGGUUGGACAGGCAUCGAGUGCACGCGAUGUGCCAGAUCAGGGGUGGUCACUGUGUACUGAAGGAUAAAACGGGCAGGGUAGCUUUUCUUUAAAAAUGAUAGAAACAAAAAGGAGUAAAGAUUUCUUUUUUAAAAUUAUUCUUGCGUCAGUGAGAUGGCUCUGUAGGUAAAGGCACUUGCUGCUAGGCCUGAUGAUCUGGGUUCAAUCUCAAGGACCAACAUGGUAGGAGAGCGCCAGCUCCCCAGAAUUACCAUCUGACAGCUACUUGUGAACUGAGCAUUCCUGAGCACGCGCGCAUGUGUGCACAUGCAUGCACACACGCAUGUGCACGCACACACACCCAAUGCAAAAUCAUCUUUCACAGCUUCAUCCAUAUGCAUGAAUGGUUUGGUUAUAUUCACCCUCUCCCAUUAUUCUCUCCCAUGGAACCUUUUCUUUCUACCUGUCCACUCAUAAUUUCAGGGUUGUUUCCAUUGGCUUGGCAUGAGUGGGAGAUUAUAUCCUUAAACAAGGGGACUUACCAAUGGCCGUAUCUCUGAGGAAUUUGACCUCCUCUCCCCAGCGACCAUUAACUGCAUGAACUGGCUGGAUUUGAGUCAACUUGACACAAGCUAACAUCAUCUGAGAGGAAGGAACCUCAGCUGAUAGGAAAUGAUGCCCCUAUGAGAUCCAGCUGUAAGGCAUUUUCCCAAUUAGUGACCAAUGUGGGGAGGGCCCAGCCCCUGGUGGGUAGUACCAUCCAAGGGCUGGUGAUCCUGGGUUCUAUAAGAAAGCAGGCUGAGCAAGCCAGUGGAAGCAAGACAGUAAGUAGCACCCCACCGUGGCCACAGGUUCUGCAUCAGCACCUGCCUCCAGGAUCCUACCCCAUUUGGGUUCCUGUCCUGAUUUCCAUUGAUGUGGAAGUGUAAGCCAAAUAAACCCUUUUCUC